UUCAAAGGAUCUCAAUUACAAAGCAAGAUGAAGGUCGCAGCUUUGGUCAUGCUAGCUCUAAGCUCUGUGUCCGCACUUGGUUCUGGACCUUAUCUACCCAGCGGUUGGAGGCCUGAAGGUCCGGCUUUCUAUCUGCCUUCAGAAACACAAAGACCUGCUGAGAAUCCAGUUGCAGGCGUAAUUCUUCAUGAAUCUGAAGCGUCUGGUUCUGACGCACUUCGUGAAUACGGCCCACCAAAGGUCGGUGAGAUUUCUCUUGAUGUGUCCCAAAAUUUGGUUCAACAAGGCCUUCCAGAUACUGUCAUUGAACAAGUAUUUGGAACUAUUGAAGUAAACGAAGCACGAAAUAUUGCUGAUGGAGACUUUACGGCUGACAUCAUAGCUGAAACUGCAUUAGACAUUGAAGGAGCUGUAACUGAACCGCAGUUCAUUCAAGAACAGACAACUCUCAGUGCCGAAGUGCCAAUUUUAGUGAUUCAAGAAAGCACUGGAGAAAAAUUAUAUUCAACUUUUGAAUAUGAUGUGACACAAGUUACUGAUGCUUCUGUACAGGAAAGGGAGUUGCAAGAAACAGACAGCUCUGCAAAUGAAUCGCAAGAUGUUGAGAAACAGAAUUACGAAAUUGUACAGUUUGGAACUGAAUCGAAUGUCCCACGUAUAGAUGGAAUAGAAGAACAGGCUGUUGCUGAAGUUGCUGAAAAUAUCCCGGAAGUUUUAGCGAAUUUGGAAAAUGAGAUUUCUGCACAGGUUGAAUCUAAAUCAUCACAAACAUCGAUUGAGGAAAAUGCGUUUGGAUCCUUAAAGCAAGCUCCUGAAGGCUUUCUUGAGUAUGGACCUCCAGGUUUCAAGGAAUAUGGACCACCCAAAGAACUGAGCAACCUGGUAAAUGUUGAGGAGAAACCAGUAGUGGCACCUAUUUUUGAAAUAAGUAAUCAAAGUAGAAGAAGAAGAUUCUCACCAAAAUUUAGGAUUGUCAAAAUUUCUCCCAAGCACUAGGACCCUUCUUAUCUCAGCGAAGCAACAGGAGUGAUUUAUAUAUUGACAAAGGAUUUUAAUUUUAUUAUAUGGUGUAUUUUUUGUAACAUAACAACAUACAUAACAUGAGUUAAUUAUAUCGAAUAAAUGAUUGUAAAUGA